UUCUGUUUGCAGGAAAAUGCGGAACUCUUCAGAGCGAACACGAUGAGCCAGUCCUGGAAGGAUUAUGUCAACUACGUUGACAGCAUGGUCUUGGAUGAAUUUGACCAUUUCAUUCGCAAGUCUCUAAAUCACCUAAUGGACAACAUGGUCGUAGAUGAGAGCAUCGCACCGCUGUUUGAGGUCCGCAUGGAGCUGGACGAGGAUGGGCUGGUCUUCAAUCCAUCCCUGGAGGUGGGCGGGGACCAAGGCUUCCUGGCGCUGAUCGGGAGCCUGGUCACUGACAUCUACAAUGCAGCCAAGCUCAUCCCCAGGCUGGCCAAGGGCAGGAUGAACUACAAGACCGACCUGGAAGACGUGACCGACCUCAUAGAGAUGGGGGAGGAGCUGUCCAACCUGGUCAUCAGCGCCAUAAAGGAGGCUGAGGAGUACCAGGACUCCUUCGAGCGCUACGCCUACCUGUGGAUGGACGACCCCCAGGAGGUCAUGAAGAGCUUCCUCAUCUAUGGCCGCGCCAUCAGCCCGGAGGACUGGGACCCCCAGGCCGAGGAGACCCUCCCCAAGAUGCCGCCUACCCUCGCCCAGUUCCAGCAGCAGAUCAACUCCUAUGAGAAGCUGUAUGAGGAGGUGUCCAAGCGUGAGGACACCAAGGUGUUCAACGGCUGGCUGCAGUGUGACUGCCGGCCCUUCAAGCAGGCCCUCCUCAACACCACCAAGCGCUGGAGCCUCAUGUUCAAGCGGCACCUGAGCAACCACGUGGUCAACAGCCUCGCAGACCUAGAAGCCUUCAUGAAAGUCUCCAGGGCGGGCUUGAUGAAGCCUCUCAAGGAGGGGGAUUAUGACGGCCUCGUGGAGGUGAUGGGGCAUCUGAUGAAGGUCAAGGAGAGGCAGACGGCCACCGACAACAUGUUUGAGCCCCUGAAGCAGACCAUCGAGCUGCUCAAGUCCUAUGGGGAGGAGAUACCCGAGGAGACGCACGUGAAGCUUCAGGAACUGCCGGAGCAGUGGACCAACACCAAGAAGCUGGCCAUCCAGGUGAAGCAGAACGUGGCACCCUUGCAGGCCAACGAGGUCAGCAUCCUGCGACGGAGGUGCCAGCAGUUCGAGCUCAAGCAGCACGAGUUCAGAGAGAAGUUCAGGCAAGAAGCCCCGUUCAGCUUCAGCGACCCCAACCCCUACAAGUCCCUCAAUAAGCAACAAAAGAGCAUCGCAGCCAUGGAGGGCGUCAUGGAGGCUCUGUGCAAAUCCGGGAGCCUGUUCGAGGUCACAGUGCCGGACUACAAGCAACUCAAGGCUUGUCACAAAGAGGUCCGCCAGCUGAAGGAGCUCUGGGACAUGAUCAUCAUGGUCAACACCAGCAUCGGUGACUGGAAGACCACCAAGUGGAAGAAUAUCAACGUCGAGCAGAUGGACGUAGACUGCCAGAAGUUCACCAAGGCCGUGAGGUCCCUGGACAAGGAGGUGAAGGGCUGGGAUGCCUUCGUGGGGCUGGACAACACCGUGAAGAACACGAUCGCGUCCCUGCGCGCCGUGAGUGAGCUGCAGAACCCUGCCAUCCGGAACCGCCACUGGCAGCAGCUCAUGCAGGCCACCCAGGUGAAGUUUGAAAUGUCAGAUGAGACCACCCUGGCGGAUUUACUCCAGCUGAACCUACAUCAAUACGAAGACGAGGUCCAAAACAUCGUAGACAAGGCUGUGAAAGAGUCUGGCAUGGAAAAGGUGCUGAAAACCCUGGAUAGUACCUGGUCCACCAUGGAGUUUGAGCACAGGCAGCACCCGCGGACAGGCACCAUGAUGCUCAAGACGGAUGAGGUGCUGGUGGAGACGCUGGAGGACAGCCAGGUGCAGCUGCAGAACCUGAUGACGUCCAGGUACCUGUCCCACUUCCUGAAGGAGGUGACGAGCUGGCAGCAGAAACUGUCCGCUGCGGACUCGGUCAUCUCCAUCUGGUUCGAGGUCCAGAGAACCUGGAGCCACCUGGAGAGCAUCUUCAUUGGUUCCAAAGACAUCCGCGCCCAGCUGCCGGAGGACUCCAAACGCUUUGAUGACAUCGACCAGGAGUUCAAGGCCUUGAUGGAGGAGGCGGUGAAAACACCCAACGUGGUCGAAGCCACCAACAAACCUGGUCUCUAUAACAAACUUGAGAACCUGAAGAAGAGGUGGGUCCCACACUGUCCAGGGGAGGGGCUUCACUGUGGCAGAAACCCGAGUCAUGUGCCCCUUGCUGGCCAGGACGGGGAAAGCCCCAGGUUGUGGGUUAACACAUCCCCUUCCUCAGAGUGCGAGCUCUCAGGCCACAUCCUGCCACGCCGGCCACAGGGCGGGCCUUCAGCCUCAGAAGAAGCAUUGACUGCAGAGAUUAAACUAUACCCUAUCAUACCUGGGGACACCCACCAGGUCAGGGGCUGGCAGAGAACAAGUGUGGAAGAUUUGAAUCAAACUGGGGCUGUGAACAGCCUGGGCGUCUCCGGGGCUGUCCGUCUAGCGCUUGGAAGGAUGGGCUGGAAAAGACCCUCUGUCGAGCAGGACUCAGCAGGCUUGUUUCCUCCCCCAAGGUUGGCCGUGUGUGAAAAGGCCCUGGCCGAAUAUUUAGAGACAAAAAGACUUGCUUUCCCAAGGUUCUACUUCGUCUCCUCAGCCGACCUCCUGGACAUUCUCUCCAAUGGAAAUGACCCCGUGGAGGUGAGCCGCCACCUGUCCAAGCUCUUCGACAGCCUGUGUAAACUGAAGUUCCGCCUCGACGCCGACGGGAAGCCGCUCAGGUUUGGCCUGGGCAUGUACAGCAAGGAGGACGAGUACGUGGACUUUGACCGGGAAUGUGACCUCUCGGGGCAGGUGGAGGUCUGGCUGAACCGGGUGUUGGACAGGAUGUGCGCCACACUCCGCCACGAGAUCCCGGAAGCCGUGGUGACUUACGAGGAGAAGCCAAGGGAGCAGUGGAUCUUUGACUACCCCGCCCAGAUUGCGCUCUCGUGCACCCAGAUCUGGUGGACAACCGAGGUGGGCCUGGCGUUUGCCAGGCUGGAGGAAGGCUACGAAAACGCCAUCAAAGAUUACAACAAGAAGCAGAUCAGUCAGCUGAACGCGCUCAUCACCCUGCUCGUCGGAAACCUCAACGCCGGGGACAGGACGAAGAUCAUGACCAUCUGUACCAUCGACGUCCACGCCCGGGAUGUGGUCGCCAAGAUGAUCACCGCCAAGGUGGAGAGCGCCCAGGCCUUCACCUGGCAGUCCCAGCUGCGGCACCGCUGGGAUGAGGAGAAGAAGCACUGCUUUGCCAACAUCUGCGAUGCCCAGAUCCAGUACUCGUACGAGUACCUGGGCAACACUCCACGGCUGGUCAUUACCCCUCUCACCGACAGAUGCUAUAUAACCUUGACCCAGUCACUCCACCUGAUCAUGGGCGGAGCCCCUGCUGGCCCCGCCGGGACUGGCAAGACAGAGACGACCAAGGACCUGGGCAGAGCCCUGGGCACCAUGGUCUACGUCUUCAACUGCUCCAAGCAGAUGGACUACAAGUCCUGUGGCAAUAUCUACAAGGGCCUGGCCCAGACUGGAGCCUGGGGCUGCUUCGAUGAGUUCAAUCGAAUCUCCGUGGAGGUCUUGUCUGUGAUCGCCGUACAGGUAAAAUGUAUCCAAGAUGCAAUUCGGGCCAAGAAAGAAGUGUUUAAUUUCCUGGGAGAGAUGAUAAGCCUCAUCCCCACUGUUGGCCUCUUCAUCACCAUGAACCCCGGGUACGCCGGACGUACAGAGCUGCCCGAGAACUUAAAGGCCUUGUUCAGGCCCUGCGCCAUGGUGGUCCCCGACUUUGAACUGAUAUGCGAGAUCAUGCUGGUGUCUGAGGGCUUUCUGGAGGCCCGCCUUCUGGCCAGGAAGUUCAUCACGCUCUACACCUUGUGCAAAGAGCUGCUGUCAAAGCAGGAUCAUUAUGACUGGGGCUUGCGAGCCAUCAAGUCUGUGCUGGUGGUGGCCGGCUCCCUGAAGAGGGGCGACCCCAGCCGAGCAGAGGACCAGGUACUGAUGCGGGCGCUCAGGGACUUCAACACCCCCAAGAUCGUCGCCGACGACCUGCCCGUGUUCGUGGGGCUCAUCGGGGACCUCUUCCCUGCACUGGAUGUGCCUCGGAAACGGGACCUGAAUUUUGAGAAGGUCAUCAAGCAGAGCAUCGUGGAGCUCCAGCUGCAGGCGGAGGACAGCUUCGUGUUGAAGGUGGUGCAGAUGGAGGAACUGCUGCAAGUCAGGCACUCAGUGUUCGUCAUCGGGAGCGCGGGCAGUGGCAAGUCCCAGGUCCUCAAGUCUCUGAACAAGACCUAUCAGAACCUGCAGAGGAAGCCGGUCGCCGUGGACCUGGACCCCAAGGCCGUCACCUGCGAUGAGCUCUUCGGCAUCAUCAACCCGGUGACCAGGGAGUGGAAAGAUGGCCUCUUCUCCACCAUCAUGCGGGACCUGGCCAACAUCCCUCACGACGGCCCCAAGUGGAUCAUCCUGGACGGGGACAUAGACCCCAUGUGGAUCGAGUCCCUCAACACCGUCAUGGAUGACAACAAGGUCCUCACGCUGGCCAGCAAUGAGCGGAUCCCCCUGAACCGCACCAUGCGGCUGGUGUUCGAGAUCAGCCACCUGAGAACGGCCACACCGGCCACCGUCUCCAGAGCCGGCAUUCUGUACAUCAACCCGGGCGAUCUAGGGUGGAACCCGGUGGUGAGCAGCUGGAUCGAGAAGCGCAAGGUGCAGUCGGAAAAGGCCACCCUGCUGGUCCUCUUUGACAAGUACCUGCCCACCUGCCUGGACAAGCUUCGCAUCGGGUUUAAGACGAUCACGCCGGUGCCCGAGAUCACGGUCAUCCAGAUGAUCCUGUACCUGCUUGAGUGCCUCCUCACCGAGAAGAACGCACCACCCGACUCUGCCAAGGAGCUGUACGAGCUCUACUUCGUGUUCGCCUGCUUCUGGGCCUUCGGAGGGGCCAUGUUCCAGGACCAGCUUGUAGAUUAUCGGGUCGAGUUCAGCCGAUGGUGGAUCAACGAGUUUAAGACAAUCAAGUUCCCCUCGCAGGGAACGAUCUUUGACUACUACAUAGAUCCCGACACCAAAAAGUUCCUGCCAUGGACGGACAAGGUGCCCCGCUUCGAGCUGGACCCUGAUGUCCCGCUGCAGGCCUCACUGGUGCACACCACGGAAACCAUCCGUAUCCGCUACUUCUUGGACCUGCUCGUGGAGAAGUCGUGGCCGGUGAUGCUGGUGGGGAAUGCAGGGACGGGCAAGUCGGUGCUGAUGGGGGACAAGCUGGGCAGCCUGAGUACAGACGACUGCUUGGUGCAGGCCGUGCCCUUCAACUUCUACACGACCUCGGCUAUGCUGCAGGGUGUUCUCGAAAAGCCGCUGGAGAAGAAAUCAGGGCGGAAUUACGGGCCACCAGGCACCAAGAAGCUGAUCUACUUCAUCGACGACAUGAACAUGCCCGAGGUGGACAAGUACGGGACGGUGGCCCCGCACACCCUCCUCCGGCAGCACAUGGACCACAGGCACUGGUAUGACCGACAGAAGCUGACACUGAAGGACGUCCAUAACUGUCAGUACGUGGCGUGCAUGAACCCCACUGCUGGAUCCUUCACCAUCGACCCCAGGCUUCAGCGCCACUUCUGUGUGUUUGCCGUGAGCUUCCCGGGCCAGGAGGCCCUCAUGAGCAUCUACAGCACCAUCCUGGCCCAGCACCUGGCCUAUCAAUCGGUCCCCGUGGUAGUCCAGAAGAUGAGCAGCCAUCUGGUGGCCUCCGCCCUGGCCCUGCACCAGAAAGUGACAUCAACGUUUCUUCCCACAGCCGUUAAGUUUCAUUAUGUCUUCAACCUCAGGGACCUCUCCAGUAUUUUCCAGCUAAGGAUGCCGACCAUCCCGCAUCUGGGGCAGGGGCUCCUGUUCUCCACCACAGAGAUCCUGAAAAUCCCACUAGACCUCGUCCGCCUCUGGCUGCACGAAGCCGAACGUGUGUACGGCGACAAGAUGGUGGAUGAGAAGGACCAGGAGACGCUGCGCAGAGUCACCAUCGCUUCCACCAAGAAGUUCUUCGACGAUCUUGCUGACGAGCUCUUAUUCGCCAAACCCAAUAUCUACUGCCACUUUGCUCACGGGAUCGGCGAUCCCAAGUACCUGCCGGUGACUGACGUGGCUCCCCUGAGCAAGCUCCUGGUGGAAGCUCUGGAGAGUUACAACGAGAUCAACGCGGCCAUGAACCUGGUGCUGUUUGAGGACGCAGUGGCCCACAUCUGCAGGAUCAGCCGCAUCCUGGAGUCCCCACGGGGCAACGCCCUGCUGGUAGGGGUGGGCGGUAGCGGCAAGCAGAGCCUCUCCCGCCUGGCCGCGUACAUCAGCGCACUGGACGUGUUCCAGAUCACCCUCAAGAAGGGCUACGGGAUCCCAGACCUCAAGCUCGACCUCGGCGCCCAGUACAUCAAGUCGGCCGUGAAGAACGUUCCCUCGGUGUUCCUGAUGACGGACUCCCAGGUGGCCGAGGAGCAGUUUCUGGUGCUGAUCAAUGACCUGCUGGCCUCGGGGGAGAUCCCGGGGCUGUUUACGGACGACGAGGUGGAGAACAUCAUCUCCUCCAUGCGGCCGCAAGUGAAGUCCCUGGGCCUGACGGACACCCGGGAGGCGUGCUGGAAAUUAUUCAUUGAGAAAGUGCGCAGGCACCUGAAGGUAAUCCUGUGUUUCUCCCCCGUGGGCUCCGUCCUGCGUGUACGAGCAAGAAAAUUCCCUGCCGUGGUCAACUGCACAGCCAUCGACUGGUUCCAUGAGUGGCCAGAGGACGCCCUGGUGUCCGUCAGCACUCACUUCCUUGAGGACACCGAGGGGAUUCAGCCGGAAGUUAAGGCCUCCAUCAGCUUCUUCAUGUCCUACGUGCACACGACCGUCAAAGAGAUGUCCAAGGUGUACCUCGCCACCGAGAGGCGCUACAACUACACCACGCCCAAAACCUUCCUGGAGCAGAUCAAACUGUACCAGAACCUACUGGCCAAGAAGAGGAUGGAGCUGGUCGCCAAAAUCGAGAGGCUGGAGAACGGGCUGAUGAAGCUGCAGAGCACAGCCGCUCAGGUGGAUGAUUUAAAAGCCAAGCUGGCGGUUCAGGAGGCUGAGCUCAAGCAGAAAAACGAGAAAGCGGACAAGCUGAUCCACGUGGUGGGUGUGGAAACAGAGAAGGUCAGCAAAGAGAAAGCCAUUGCUGACGAGGAAGAAAUCAAGGUGCAAGUCAUCAACAAGAAUGUUGCCGAGAAACAAAAAGCUUGUGAAACAGACCUGGCCAAGGCAGAGCCGGCCCUACUGGCCGCGCAGGAGGCCCUCGACACUCUGAAUAAGAACAACCUGACAGAGCUAAAGUCCUUCGGGUCCCCCCCAGACGCCGUGGUCAACGUCACGGCCGCUGUGAUGAUUCUGACUGCACCCGGGGGCAAGAUCCCCAAGGACCAGAGCUGGAAAGCUGCGAAAAUCAUGAUGGGCAAAGUGGACACCUUCCUGGACUCCUUGAAGAAGUUUGACAAGGAGCACAUCCCCGAGGCCUGCCUGAAAGCAUUUAAGCCCUACCAAGGCAACCCGACGUUCGACCCCGAGUUCAUCCGCUCCAAGUCCACGGCCGCCGCGGGCCUGUGCUCCUGGUGCAUCAACAUCGUCCGCUUCUACGAGGUCUACUGCGACGUGGCCCCCAAGAGGCGGGCCCUGGAGGAGGCCAACGCGGAGCUGGCCGAGGCGCAGGAGAAGCUCUCCCACAUCAAAAGCAAGAUCGCUGAACUCAACGCCAACCUGAGCAACCUGACGUCGGCAUUUGAAAAAGCGACAGCCGAGAAAAUCAAGUGUCAGCAGGAGGCUGACGCCACCAAUAGUGUGAUCUCGCUGGCUAACAGGCUGGUAGGAGGAUUAGCAUCAGAAAACAUCCGCUGGGCCGAAUCGGUGGAGAACUUCAGAAGCCAGGGGGCCACACUGUGUGGGGACGUCCUGCUGAUUUCCGCCUUCGUCUCCUACGUGGGCUACUUCACCAAGAAAUAUCGAAAUGAGCUAAUGGAGAGGUUUUGGAUCCCUUAUAUACAUCAGUUAAAGGUCCCCAUCCCGCUCACAGAAGGUCUGGAUCCCUUGAGCCUGCUGACCGACGAUGCAGACGUGGCCACUUGGAACAACCAGGGGCUCCCCAGCGACCGCAUGUCCACAGAGAAUGCUACCAUUCUGUGCAACACGGGGCGCUGGCCCCUCUUCGUGGACGCCCAGCUGCAGGGCAUCAGGUGGAUCAAAAACAAAUACGGCAGCAAGCUGAAGGCCAUCCGCCUGGGACAGAAGAGCUACCUGGAUAUCAUCGAGCAGGCCAUCUCAGAAGGGGACACCUUGCUCAUCGAGAACAUUGGCGAGACCGUGGACCCGGUUCUGGACCCUCUGCUGGGCAGGAACACAAUCAAAAAGGGAAAGUUCAUUAAGAUCGGCGACAAAGAGGUGGAAUACCACCCCAACUUCCGCCUGAUGCUGCACACCAAGCGCUUCAACCCCCACUACAAGCCCGAGAUGCAGGCCCAGUGCACCCUGAUCAACUUCCUGGUCACCAGGGACGGGCUCGAGGACCAGCUCUUGGCCACCGUGGUGGCCAAAGAGCGCCCAGAUCUGGAGCAGCUGAAGGCGAACCUCACCAAGUCUCAGAAUGAAUUUAAGAUUGUUCUGAAAGAGCUGGAAGAUUCUCUGCUGGCCCGUCUGUCGGCCGCAUCGGGGAACUUUCUGGGAGACACAGCCUUAGUUGAGAAUCUGGAGACCACCAAACACAUGGCCAGCGAGAUUGAGGAAAAGGUGCAAGAGGCAAAAAUCACAGAAGUUAAAAUCAACGAGGCGAGAGAGAACUACGUGCCAGCCGCGAGGAGGGCGUCCCUGCUGUACUUCAUCCUGAACGACCUCAGCAAGAUCAACCCCAUCUACCAGUUCUCACUCAAGGUGCGGCUGCAUCCGGGUCCGGGGCCACUGGGGCCCAGGCUGCAGGCCUUCAACGUGGUGUUCGAGAAGGCCAUCCAGAAGACCGCCCCCGCCGACGAGGUCAAACAGCGUGUGAUCAACCUGACGGACGAGAUCACCUACUCCGUGUACAUGUACACGGCCCGCGGGCUCUUCGAGCGAGACAAACUCAUCUUCCUCGCACAGGUGACAUUUCAGGUCUUGUCCAUGAAGAAGGAGCUGAACCCGGUGGAGCUGGAUUUCCUUCUGCGGUUCCCGUUCAAGGCCGGGGUCGUGUCACCCGUGGACUUCCUGCAGCAUCAGGGAUGGGGCGGCAUCAAGGCCCUCUCGGAGAUGGAUGAGUUCAAGAACCUGGACAGCGACAUCGAGGGAUCCGCCAAGCGGUGGAAGAAGCUCGUGGAGUCGGAAGCCCCCGAAAAGGAGGUCUUCCCCAAGGAGUGGAAGAACAAAACGGCACUGCAGAAGCUGUGCAUGUUGAGGUGCGUGCGGCCCGACCGCAUGACCUACGCCAUCAAGAACUUUGUGGAGGAGAAGAUGGGCAGCAAGUUCGCAGAGGGCCGGAGCGUUGAGUUCUCCAAGUCCUACGAGGAGAGCAGCCCCUCAACCCCCAUCUUCUUCAUCCUCUCCCCGGGCGCUGACCCCCUGAAGGACGUGGAGGCCCUGGGGAAAAAAUUGGGAUUUACCAUAGACAACGGGAAACUCCAUAACGUGUCCCUGGGUCAGGGACAAGAGGUGGUGGCGGAGAAUGCCCUGGACAUGGCUGUGGAGAAGGGACACUGGGUCAUUCUGCAGAACAUCCACCUGGUGGCCCAGUGGCUGAGCACCCUGGACAAGAAGCUGGAGCGGUACAGCGUCGGCAGCCACGAUGACUACCGCGUGUUCAUCAGUGCCGAGCCGGCCCCCAGCCCCGAGUCCCACAUCAUCCCCCAGGGCAUCCUGGAGAACGCCAUCAAAAUCACCAACGAGCCGCCCACGGGCAUGUACGCCAACCUGCACAAGGCCCUGGACCUCUUCACCCAGGACACACUGGAGAUGUGCACCAAGGAGAUGGAGUUCAAGUGCAUCCUCUUCGCCCUGUGCUACUUCCACGCCGUGGUGGCCGAGAGGCGCAAGUUUGGGGCCCAGGGCUGGAACAGGUUGUACCCCUUCAACAACGGGGACCUCACCAUCUCCAUCAACGUGCUCUACAACUACCUGGAGGCCAACCCCAAGGUGCCCUGGGACGAUCUCCGCUACCUCUUUGGGGAAAUCAUGUACGGCGGCCACAUCACCGAUGACUGGGACCGCCGGCUCUGCAGGACGUACCUAGAGGAGUACAUCCAGGCGGAGAUGCUGGAGGGAGAGAUCCUGCUGGCCCCGGGCUUUCAGAUCCCCCCGAACCUGGACUACAAGGGUUACCACGAAUACAUCGACAAGAACCUGCCCCCCGAAAGCCCCUGCCUGUAUGGCCUGCACCCCAAUGCAGAGACUGGCUUCCUGACGGCCACCUCGGAGAUGCUGUUCCGCACUGUCCUGGAAAUGCAGCCCAAAGAAACCGGGUCGGGAGCCGGCGGCACCGGGGUAUCUCGCGAGGAGAAGGUGAAGGCCGUGCUGGAUGAGAUCCUGGAGAAGAUCCCGGAGACCUUCAACAUGGCCGAGAUCAUGGCCAAGGCCACCGAGAAGACCCCCUACGUGGUUGUCGCCUUCCAAGAAUGUGAGAGAAUGAACGUCCUGACCAACGAAAUGCGCCGCUCGCUGAAGGAGCUGAACCUGGGGCUGAAGGGAGAACUGACCAUCACGACCGACAUGGAAGACCUGUCCACGGCUCUGUUCUAUGACACUGUGCCCGACACGUGGGUGGCCCGGGCCUACCCCUCGCGGAUGGGCCUGGCGGCCUGGUACGCCGACCUGCUGCUCCGCAUCAGGGAGCUCGAGGCCUGGACGAUGGACUUCACACUGCCUACCACCGUGUGGCUGGCCGGCUUCUUCAACCCGCAGUCCUUCCUCACGGCCAUCAUGCAGUCCAUGGCCAGGAAGAACGAGUGGCCACUGGACAAGAUGUGUCUGUCUGUGGAGGUGACCAAGAAGAACCGGGAGGACAUGACCGCGCCCCCCCGGGAGGGCUCCUACGUGUACGGGCUCUUCAUGGAAGGAGCUCGCUGGGACACCCAGAUGGGAGUCAUCGCCGACGCGCGGCUGAAAGAGCUGACGCCGGCCAUGCCCGUCAUCUUCAUCAAGGCCAUCCCUGUGGACCGCAUGGAGACCAAGAACAUCUAUGAGUGUCCCGUGUACAAAACACGCAUCCGCGGCCCCACCUACGUCUGGACCUUUAACCUGAAGACCAAAGAGAAGGCUGCAAAGUGGAUCCUGGCAGCCGUGGCGCUGCUCCUACAGGCCUAGCUGGAGCCCCGGGUCCCGCCGUGAGGCCCAUGCUGCCCGGCGCCAGGUCCUGACCGCAACUUCAAAUUUACAGUUAGAAACUCAGCCUUGCAACUAUCGCUUAUUUUCACAGGAGCUGAUGAUCGCUUUUUUGUUCUCCUAAAUAAUCGAGGCACUUUAUAGCCAUGCACAUCGAGACUAGCCAGAGGGUGGAGGGCAGCCUGGGAGAGGGGGUGUGGAUGGGAUUAAAACAAUGAAGCCACUGAGCCAGGUCUGUCUGAUUCACUUGAGCCAGCCUUCAGCCUGAUGGCCACCAGGGGCCUGGCACAGGCUUAGGGGUGAGGCCCCAAUUCCCAGCAGCCAGGGGAGCAUCCCAGGAACCAAACCCCCAAAUCCUGACUUCCCACAGGGUCAGCUGGGUUUAUCUUUUCCCACGGGUGGCAUGUAGGGUUAGAGCUGGAGGCAGCCACACCCUUGCCUGAUGCUACCUGCAAACACCCACCACUAAGGGCCAGGGUGUUCCAUCCCCAUGCACCAUCCCCGUGCAAACAGGAGCGGCCACUGCCACAGGCACUGUCCCCUAAAGCACUAUUCCUUCUCUCAAGCAAGAAAACCUCCCUCGAUUAUGGUAAUGCCGCCUCCCUGCCCCAGAAUUCUGAAAAGCCAACUAUUCGGAGGGGCCAUUUCCAUACAGCUCAAGUGCUUCCCUGUCAACUGCCCACUUUCUGAGAUUGCUGGGAACGGGAGGGACCACUUUAAACACAUGUCUGUGUCCUGGGAGGUCACGAUAAAUGGUCGUCCCCUCUUAGUUCUGGGCAGUAUCUUCGUUGUCUUUUGCCUCCCUCCCCUCUCCCCACCGUCAGUUCUCACUUCCUGCCACCAGACAAAGUAGACUUUAAAACAAAGUCUACAAUAGUAGACAAAGAAGGGCAUUAUAUAAUGAUAAAGGGAUCAAUACAAGAAGACAAUAUAACGUUCAUUAAACGUAUAUGCACCUAAUAUAGAAGCACCUAAACGUACAAGGCAAAUAUUAACAGAUGUAAAGGGAGAAACUGACAAUAACACAACUAAUAGCAGGGGACUUUAACACCCCUUUAGAUCAAUGGAGACAGAUCAUCCAGAAAAUCAAUGAGGAAACAGCAGUCUCACGUUAGUGACACGUUAGGUCAGUUGGACUUAAUAGAUAACUAGAGCACAUUCCAUCCAGAAGCAGAAGAAUACACACUCUUUUCAACGUUCACCAGGAUGGAUCACGUGCUAGGCCACAAAACAAGACUUGACAGAUUUAAGGGUACAGAAAUUAUAUCAAGCAUUUUUUUCCAACCACAACAGUAUAAAACUAGAAAGCAAUUCUAGGAAGAAAAACGGGAAAAAUACAAACACACGGAGACUAAACAACAUGCUACCAAAAAAAAAAACAAUGGGUUACUGAAGAAAUCAAAAAGGAAAUCAGAAAAUACUUCGAGACAAACAAAAAUAAAAAUACAACUUUCCAACAUCUAUGGGAUGCAGCAAAACCAGUUCUAAGAGGGAAGUUCAUAGCGAUACAGGCCUACCUCAAAACAAGAAAAAUCUCAAAACAACCUAACCCACCAUCUAGGAAUUAAUUAGAAUUAGAAAAUGAAGAACAAACAAAGCCCCAGUCAGCAGAAGAGGGACAACUGCUCAGCAGCCAAGACACCCUGACUUCCAAAAAGGUGAGCUUGUCCGCAGGCACUACGCCCCAGGGCUGCACGCUGCAGCACCGCAGUGGGCACAGGGAGGCCAGGGCACAGGCGACAGGCGCACGUGCGCGCGCCAGCAGGGAAGGGACCAGAGGUGGCCCGCCUCAUCCGGCCUCAUUCUGUGAGCUCCUGCUCCAAGGGGAGCAGGUGGCUACCGCGGUGCUGGUCCCAGGGCUGCCCUGGGCCAGGCCCCCAUCUGACGGACCCCGGUAAUGGGUGCAGACAAAAUGAGACGACGAUGAACUGGGAAACCAGGGGUACAGGAAGGCAGCUAGCAGGGCCCACAGACUCCAGCGGGGGCCCAUAGGCUGGCACCUCGGUGUUUUCUAGCUUCAAAGCAGAGUAAAGCAAGCACCACGCCACCGCCCCACACACACACCUGGCCUCCUCCUAAGUUCAACUUGAUGCUGAAGUAGUUUUGUGAAAACUUUUUCCAAGUAUUCACCCAAUCCAUGGGUGAAGAGGAGGUCCUAGAAGCCCUAACUCCGAGGCCAAUAAUUUACAACAAUCCUGGGGCCUGAUGGGGCUAAGAGAGAGAAGGAAAAACGCCCCUCAAAUCCUCCCUCCCUGGGGCCUAGAGAAUCCACCCCUUUGGAAGGCAGGAGUCCUGCCCCCAGAACCUGGCCACCGGGCAACCACCUCUGUCGGCCAGGAGGGGUCACUAUAGCCCUUCGUGUCCAGGCUGGAGGGCCAGGAGAGCCACCACUCUGACUGGAGGACAUAAAACUGCCAGUGGCCACCAGGCAACUCAUUUUAAUCCCUGGUAAUAACCACAAAAUGGGGAGAUUUUCCAGUUUUGCCUUUAGAGCCUGAAAUAAAACAUUUAUUCCACACUCUA